GGAGGGAUAGAGGCGAUUGUGGAAGCGAUGAGACUGUACCCAGACUCUGCGUCGAUACAGAGGCUGGGGAAUGGGACCCUGAGGAACUUGACGUACAACGACGUGCAUAAGGGAAGGGUGAGAGAGGCGGGGGGGAUAGAGGCUAUCGUGGAUGGUAUGAGGCGGCAUGUAGGCAAUGCUGGGGUGCAGGAGUGGGGGAGUGCAGCGUUGAGGAACCUGGCGUACAGCGACGAGAACAAGGAGAGGGUGGCCGAGGUCGGGGGGAUCCCUGUGGUGGUUGAGGGCAUGGAGGCGCACAGGGAGCAUGACGGUGUGCAGGAGUGGGGCUGUGCCGUGCUGGAGGAACUU